AUGAUCCGCUUAGGCAUCAUUGUGUUCCUAAUUAUUCCCGUGGAAACUGCUUUUCGAUACGGUAAUUACUAUCUAGUUCGAUGUUUCUUCGAUGAUGUUCUCAGAGAAUCGAACGCUGGCUUGUACGGCAUCCAACGGCAUCGAUGAGUGUUUUCUGACCGCUCCAGACACAAAACUUCGGAAUCUAGACCUGAAUAUCAAGUGCAAAAGAGAACCGACGGAUGACGGAAAGAAACAGAGACUGGCGUGUCCCAUACGGUGUCCGAGGGACUAUGAGGUGCAUGUCUGUGCCACUGAUAAUCGUCUUCCAUUCGUCCGAUCUGAACAUGUUCAGGUCCUCAACAAGAUUCCGUCUUCCAACCGAAGAUGCACCAAAUACUUCACUUAUGGCAAGUAUCCGGGAGUGCAAGAAUGGUAAACAGCUGCGCACACUUGUCGUUUUGCAAGUUCCUAAUGAUGCCAAACAUAGAAAAGCGUCAACUGGACGUUCUUUGCAGGCACAUUUGGAUGCUUGAACCGUGCAUUUCCACCAUCUCCACACACUGCAGAUAUCCAGAAGAAGUCGUUGACUUUGUCGUGUAA